CACACGUAGUUCAAACAAUGACCGUUCCGAAUGGAGGCGCCACUAGCGUUCGGUAGAACACAUUCAUCCAUAUACUGAAGGCAGUCUGGGCAACUUCGUAGCAGCGGUCUCUAGCUUCCUUUUCCGCUCCGACUUCACGAAGUUACAAUGGUGCAACGGUUAGUUUUCAGGCGACGUCUGUCGUACAACACAAAAUCUAACAGAAGACGCAUCGUGCGUACUCCUGGUGGCAAAUUGGUAUACCAGUACCUUAAGAAGACUAAGAAGGUACCCAGAUGUGGACAAUGCAAAGACAAACUGAGAGGCAUUAUCCCAGCAAGGCCCCAGGAACGGUCUCGCAUGUGUCGCCGUAAGAAAACUGUAAAACGUGCGUAUGGUGGUGUACUAUGCCACAAAUGUGUCAAAGAGAAGAUUGUGCGUGCCUUCCUUUUGGAAGAACAGAAGAUUGUAGUAUCAGUCCUCAAGGCACAGAAUGCUAAGGGUAAAGGCAAAUAGAUGUCUUAACGUUUUAAAUAUAUCAUAAAAAGAAUUAUGUAAAAUGGUAACAUUGUCUGCCAUGUCCGCAAUUAUCCUUUAUAUUGAGGCAUUUUCUAGAUCAGCAUGUGCUUAAUUGAGGUUAUUAAACGAGUUCAUAACAUUCAGUUUAUUUUAUUUACAGAUGAGGACUGCAUAAAAUGGUUAGAUUUGAGUGAAAUUGCAGUUGCGGCUAAUACAUACAGUUGUUGUUUACAUUCUAUUUUAUGUUAUAUUAAAAUCUAACUCUUGUCAUCUCGA